UGUCAAAAGAUCCCACAGUUCCUUAUUAGGGGAAGAUACAAUAUUUAUUCCGUGUCUCUUGGGAUAAAGCUCUUCUAUCUAUUGUCCUCCCCAUUCCUCACUGCUGAUGCUUAAUUUUCAAAACUUCUAUAUUACCAAGGGACCUACGACAUCAGCUAAAGAAUUACCCAGCAAGUACAAAAUCUCAUCCAGGCGGCUGCUUUAGUGCAGAGGGGAAAAUAUUUUGCUACAGGAUUUUUCCAGCCGACUACGGGGGAGAAACCGACAUUUGUGUCUAUGGCCGCAUUUAUUUGAGGGAAAAAUAUUAUAUAGACUGUAUUUAUCAACACCAAUCGGAUCUACAGGAUUUCGUUGAGGGGGGAAAGAAGAAAAGAACAUCAACUCUUAAAAAAAAAAAGAAAAAAAUCAUGUCAACUUCAUUCCCAGGACUGGUCCACGACUCAGAGAUACGUCACGACGGAUCAAACAGUUAUCGUUUGAUGCAACUCGGUUGUCUGGAGUCUGUGGCCAACUCGACUGUCGCUUAUUCUUCCACUUCUCCUCUGACUUAUUCCGGCACCGGCACCGACUUCACUUCUCCUUAUUUCUCUGCAAAUCCUCAUCAAUACAACCCCCUGCACCACCAGUCCUUCCACUACGACUUCCAGCACAGUCACCCGACUGUCAAUACCGACGCCUAUUCCUUAAAUUCCCUCCACCAUUCGCAGCAAUAUUACCAGCAGAUCCAUCAUGGGGAGCCCACAGAUUUUAUUAACAUUCACAACGCCAGGGCUCUCAAGUCUUCCUGCCUGGACGAUCAAAGAAGGGACUUUGGCUGUUUAGACGCAUAUCGCAGGCACGACUUGUCGCUCAUGAGCCAUGGCUCCCAGUAUGGCAUGCACCCAGACCAGAGACUCCUGCCUGGAUCAAGUUUGGGCCUUUCAGGUGCAGGAGGGGACGAUUUCCAGGGUUCGAUGGAGGCCCAGUGCGGAUUAGUUCUCAACAGUCAAGGUGGAGUCAUCAGGAGAGGUGGCACCUGUGUGGUCAAUCCUACUGAUCUCUUCUGCUCUGUUCCUGGACGUCUAUCCCUUCUGAGCUCCACCUCUAAGUACAAAGUCACCAUAGCAGAAGUGAAAAGACGCCUUUCGCCACCAGAAUGCCUCAAUGCUUCUCUACUAGGGGGCAUAUUGAGAAGAGCAAAAUCCAAAAAUGGAGGCCGCUGUUUGAGAGAGAAACUUGACAGACUGGGUUUAAACUUACCAGCUGGAAGGAGAAAAGCUGCCAAUGUUACUCUUUUGACUUCACUGGUAGAAGGAGAAGCUUUGCAUUUGGCCAGAGAUUUUGGGUACACGUGCGAAACAGAAUUUCCAGCAAAGGCCGUGGGGGAGCACUUGGCCAGACAACACAUGGAGCAGAAAGAACAGACAGCAAGGAAGAAGAUGAUCCUAGCUACAAAACAAAUUUGUAAAGAAUUCCAAGACCUUCUCAGCCAGGACAGAUCACCCCUGGGAUCCUCCAGACCGACGCCAAUUCUAGAUCACGACAUUCAGAGGCAUUUAACGCAUUUCAGUUUGAUCACCCACGGCUUUGGAACGCCAGCCAUAUGCGCAGCACUGAGCACAUUCCAGACUGUCCUAAGCGAGAUGUUGAACUACUUGGAAAAACAUAUGUCAAAUAAAACAGGAGGGGUGUCAGAGGGUGGGCAGGGGGGCACAAACUCAGAAAAGGGACCUUCGCGCAAAUCUUCAGAGGUUGUGGUAAAAGACGCCAAAACAGAGAAGGCCGACUAACUUCUCCAACCCACCAGAGAUUCCUGCUGCUGAAGAUUUUUUAUAUAAAACAUUAGGUGAAUAUAUUUUCAAAGGACCCAAUUCAACCUGCUUGACUUUUGAACUAAAUUCUCUGAUCAAACAUCACCUCCCUGAUAUAACGAAAUCUACACGACAAGCCAAUUGACUUUUUGCCUUUUUUACUACUGCAAUGACAUCUUUCUGGGAGAAUUCUUCCUUGGAAACCACUAUGUCUUAUUUGGUAUAUCUAUUUUUUUCCUUUUUUUUUCUUUUCUUUAAAUAAAUGAUAAAAAUAAACUGUCUGGUAAUGGAAAUGUGCAACCCAUUUAACCGCCACCUUGAAAAUAAAAUUGUAUUUCUGUUUUAAA